AUGGCCAACAUGCUAAUCAACUCGCUGCACCUCAAAAAUAUCCUCUCGUUCAAGGAUACGAAGCUGGACCUCCAGCCGCUGAACGUACUCAUCGGCCCCAACGGCUCCGGAAAAUCCAACUUAGUUGAUUUGAUCGGGUUGUUAAAAGCGGUGCCCAACGACAUCGCAGAGUUUCUGCGGAGCAACGGGCCGACCGGUGACUGGAUUUGGAAGGGAUCGGGCUGGGAGGAAACGCCUUUUCAGCUCGCUGAGGUGGAAGCACGGUUUGAUAAUCAGGGCCAUCCCUUCGGCUAUGAAUUGGAACUAGUGAUACGGAAUGACCGUGUCCAUUCCCUGAAUGAACGGCUGGACUUGAUGGCAGGGGACCGCAAACAUGCCUAUGCCAAUCCCUUUUUCCAAACAUCUAAUGAGAGUGCGCGCCUUUGGCCAGCACGACCCGAUGGCACUCUCGCCGACCAUAGCGACGAGCCAGUGCAGGUCGAUAUAUCUCGCGGCAAGUCGGUGUUGAGUGAGAUACGCGAUCCCGCCGAUUAUCCUGCGCUAACCGAAACCGCCCGCGUACUCUCCGCGAUCAAGGUUUAUCGCAACUGGUACGUCGGCCGCGACAGCCCGGUUCGUCGUCCCCAGCGCACGGACGGCGACCCCAACUUUCUGGAAGAGGAUUUCGGCAACUUGGCGCUGGUGAUCAACGACCUGCUGGGUCGCAGGCUGGAACCGUCUUUGGACUCCCAUCUCAAGCGGUUCUACGAGUCCUACGAGAGCCUGCACGCGCGCAUCUUCGGUAAUACCGUCGAGUUGAUCGUCAACGAAACCGGCAUGUCCGGCGCUCUACCGGCCUCCCGCCUGUCAGACGGAACCAUCCGCUUCAUCGCCCUGCUGGCCAUCCUGUGCCACCCGAAACCGCCCCCGCUGAUCUGCAUCGAGGAACCGGAAAUCGCCAUGCACCCCGACUCUCUCGAUCUGGUCGUUGAGUUACUCCUGGAAGCAUCCCAACGCACACAGUUGAUUGUUACCACUCAUUCCCCUUGGUUGAUUGACCGCCUGUCGGCUGAACCCGAUUCAGUGGUGGUAUGCGAGCGCGACCGCCACCCUGCAGACGGGACUCAGUUCAAGCGCUUCACCCGCGCAGAACUGGAAGACUGGCUGGAAGAUCAACCAUUGGGCGAAGUCUGGAUGGCUGGCGCCAUGGGCGGAGUACACUGA